AUGUUUGGCCAGAAAAGCGUGCUUGUACUGCGGUCUGCAAUAGCGCGGUCUGCGGCGCUUGCUACGUGCCGUCGAAAUUUCUCCGGGCCUCUGGUCAAAAGCUACGCCGCACUCAAAACCCCAAUGUCGGUAUUCUGGGCCCAAAACGUGCCUCUUACCGCCAAAUAUGCAUCUGCGCUUGUAGCCACGGCCGUGGGAAUCACACACAUACACCCAAACACGUGCAUCACGGUCGGGCCGCCAGCCCUAGCUGCGGCCUAUUUCCUAUAUAGGCGGCAUGAGCAUGCGCAGUACAAGAGCCUGCUUGCGCUAGUGAAGCCGGAAAAGGGAAGUGCAUUGGAAGACAAAACCGUGAAGAUCCAGAACUAUAACGCCGCGGACGAGGCCAACGUAUUGGCGGGCAUUGAAAACGAAUACGACAGUUUCCGCAGCCAGAUCAUUCCGGUCGUUCGCAGUAAAUUGGUCGAGUAUGCUAUGGAAAUGGACCGAGAAGGCAAGCCGUCCAAAAUCACCCAGCAACUUUUGGAUGAAAACAAACAGAUCGUAGUGCACGUGGAUGAGGACCCCGAGACGUUUGUCACGCUGAAGGCGGAGAGCGAACACGAGGGCUUUUUUCCGGUCUUUGUCAGCUUCUCUGUGCCGUGCUUCACUUCUAGAAACGUGAAGCUGCGCAGGCGUCUUGGCACUUUACAAGUCUCCAUGCUAGAAAUGAAAGGUGAGGACUCGGAAUCCGAAACCUUCAAGGAGUAUAGACUAGCCAUCCAGGCCUGGCCGUACAUGAUGUUUUCCAAAUCAGAGCGGGUAUACUGA